AUGUCAGCUCUCCAUGUUGCAGCCUAUGCAGGCCACACCGAAGUGAUGGAAGAGUUAAUUCGAUAUCAACCUGAUACUUGCGAUUUGCUUAAUUCAAAAGGUCAAACGGUUCUUCAUUCUGCAAUUUUAGGUGGACAAGGCAAGGUGGUUAAGUACAUAUUAAGGACGCCUAAACUUGCGGGACUUAUUAAUGAAGCUGAUGAAGACGGAAACACUCCUUUGCAUAUCGCUGUUAAUUACAAGAAAGUAGAAAUUAUCUCCAUUUUGACGGCCGACCAUAGAGUGGACAAGGAUGCUGUCCAUAAAAAGUUCUCAAAAGCCAUUGAUAUUUUUCUUGGUCAAAAUAGUGAAGAACAGGGAACUAUUGACAGUACGGAUUUGCACCAGUUCGGGUCCUGCGUGGGUGAUCCAUUUCUCCAACAAAAAAUCAGCAAUGAUUUCAACAAACCGGAAACUUCAGAGAAGGAUACGCCCCGCACAUCGGCCAUUGAACACAAGAGGCAAAAGUCGCUAUCUAAUUUCAAUCUAGUGGUGACAACGCUUAUCGCAACCGUCACUUUUACAGCAGCUAUAACCCCUCCAGGUGGAUUUAAAAGCGACGGAAAGCUGGUUCUAUCGGAAGAUCCAUUUUUCCAAGUAUUUCAGAUUUUCAACUUGGGAUCCUUCAUGAUCGCAAUGCUUGCGAUCUGUAACGAAUCAACUCUAACACGUGUACUGUCAAUCCAAAUAACCACACCUGCAGUUCUCAUUCAGUAUGCCAUCGUAGCGUUGCUGGUAGCAUUUACGUCGGCCACGAUGGCAGUGACGCCCAAAGACCAAAGAAUAGCUACACGUAUUAUAAACCCCGUCGCUUUUCUUCUGUGUAUAAUUGGUAUGUUGGGGCUGCUACUUGCUUUGAUCGUAGCUUUUACGACUAUGAUUCAAAAAUUGAGGGAGAAACACAUGGCACGUCGUUCCUUUAAGUGA